AUGAUUACGUGCUAAGGACCAUUACUUUCGUGAACGUGCAGAAUCAGGGGGCAGCAUCGCAAAGUCAAGAGACCCAGCAUAAAUAUAAUCGAAAUUGAAGGCCGAGGCAGACGUCUACAGGAGCGCAAGCGCAUAGCUGCUUACUCUGUGACCAGCUCCGUAACUUGUUUCUGAAAGAAAUUCUCGCUGCUCCUUGUGAAAUCCAAAGUCAAUAAUCAAAGAUAGUCUGGACCAAAGACGAUGGAUAUUGUCAAUACAUUGAUUGCAUUUUCGCUUUUGGUCAGCGUUUUUGGAUACGAUCCAAACUAUCGCAACAUUUUCUACCAAACAACAAAAGAGGUUCAGAAUCAGCCUCUUUCCGAUAUCACUGGAGAGAUCCCCAGUUGGAUUGAAGGGGACUUCGUGCGCCAAUCAUGUGCUUCUUAUGGGGAUAUAGAUGGACCACGAGAAGACUGGAUACCUCACAUGUUUGACUGCAUUUCCAUGGUCGGACGCUAUGAGUUCAAAAGUGGCAAAAUGAGAUAUUCUAAUAGAUUUUAUGACACGAAGGAAACACGCAUUUGGAAACACUAUAAUCACAGUAUAGGGAAGGCCAAAGUUGGUUGGAAUACAGUGUUCUCUCCAAUAGAUCUUCCUGCAUACGUGAAAAACAUGGGGAUGCAGUACAAUGAGACAUUGUGGGCGACACCAAACAUUGUUUUCUGGCGGUCACGGCCUGAAGAUCCAGUCUUUGCAAUAACAGAAUCACUAGUGGGUCCUGCAGAAUUAACAGUCACCCCAGAACUUGAUGUGCUUGGAAAUUAUGUUGGGAAGUUUCAUGAUAAAGGGUUCCCAAGUAACACUACUCAUGAUUUUGUUAACAGUCCGGCGCAUGAACAGCGAGAAAAGGAUGGAACGAUCUGGCAUUCAACUAUGGACAUCGAAAGAGCCUCUCCAACAAAACCUGACAAUUUGGAAGCUGCCAUUAUUGUCUACAAUAUGAAAGGGCCUAAUCGUACUGUAGUGGCUCGCCAUGUCCUUGGAAAGUACAAUCUCACAAAGUGUCGUCUAGGACUGAGUCUAGAUGACAUCAAAAUCAUGCCAGGGUAUCAUCACUACAUAGAACUAACAAACAACUAUGCAAUUGUCCCCCAAUCUUCUUUUCUCUUUGAUUACUGUCAACACUACGCAAAUAUAAGAAAACCUAUGGGCUAUUUCCCGCGCUCUUUCAAAUUCUACAAAGACUUUAACUCAAGCCUUCUUUUCUUUGAUCGAAGUAACAUGUCAAAUGUGCACAGAGUAUUUCUUCCCUUCGCAAGAUUCUUCACUCACAGCCUGAAUGCCUUCGAAGAUAGCAACUACAUCUACCUGGAUACAAUGGCCUACCAUAAUACUGAUCUUUACGUAAAAGCUUUUUCAGUCUUCGAGUCUAUGAAUGGCUAUAACUGGAGCACAUCCUUUAUUCGUAUUGCCAUUAACAAGAAUACAUGGUCUUAUGAUCCUUCUUUGAGUGGCUCUCUCACUCAAACUGAGCCUUAUGGAAAAGCCGAAUUCGCACAGAUAAAUUCUGAUAGAUUCCAUAACAAAGACUACACAUAUGCUUACUUUGUCAGCAACCCAGUAACCCGAGACACUCGCAUCGCCAAGUUAAACGUGAAGACAAAGCAAAUAACUUACUGGGUUCCGCCAGUUGGAUAUUAUCCCCAAGAGCCUAUAUUUAUGCAACCGGACGAAGCGUUGGGUGAGGAUGAAGGCGUAAUUUUAUGCUCCGGUCCUGUUUCUGAUACAAUACCAUCUUCAAGCUUCCUAGCUGUUCUCAAUGCAACGGACAUGAAGCUUAUUGCAAUGGUGAAGAAUCCCAAUACUGGCUUAAUAAGUCUUCACAACAGAUUUUACAAGCGGUUAGCCUCGAACCCACAAACAUCUUCACCAAUACCUUCAAAGGUUCCUUCGACAAUGAAGAGCACCAGCGCACCAUCAUCGGGUGUUACCAUUUUUGUCACAUACGCUUCCUUUGCUUCAGUUUUCUUGGUUCUAUUCCAGCUAUUUAUUUAGACUUUUAAAAUUAUAUAGAAGGAUUUGAGUUUUCUGUAACCAAAGAAAAUUUGCUUUUUUGUGUAAAUGCUUUUAUAGUUGUAGCUCACGAUUAGGCCAUUAGGCGAAUUGUCACAGGAUA